AUGCCUUUUAAUACUCCUAUCCAGUCCGCCCUGAAGGCCCGUUCAGUUGCGUUCGGGUUCUGGCUCACACUUCCCAGUGCUGCUGUCGCUAAGACAAUUAUUCACGGCUCUUCGGGAUCCUCAGCUAGGUUCAGCUGGAUCCUGGUUGAUGCGGAGCAUGGCCUCAUUUCCGACCACCACUAUUACGAGCUUAACAACGCCAUUGGCUCCGAAGGCGUGAGCCCCAUUAUUCGAGUUCCCUGCGCCGAGGAGUGGAUGAUCAAGCGUGCUCUCGAUGCAGGCGCCCACGGUAUCAUGACACCCAUGUGCCACACGGAGGUAUGUAUUCCAGGCCAGAACGACUACUCUGGACGUCUUCCUCCUUCCAACCGGGCGAGCAUGAAGCUGAUAGACCAUCUCUUUCCACAGGCCGAUGCCAUCAACAUUGCCAAAUGGACACGGUACCCUCCCAUCGGCACGCGUGGCUACGGACCGAUGUUUGCGCCUCACUCCUUCCCGGGCGUCGACCCCGGCGCUGACCACGACGACGGCGCAAACGAAGGCCUGACCACCUUCGUGCAGAUCGAGUCCCGGUCCGGAGUUGAGAAUGUCGAGAAGAUCGCCGCCGUGGACGGUAUCGACGUGCUUCUAAUCGGCCCCUUUGAUCUGGCUAAGCAGUUGGGUGUGACGCGCGGGGGUGCAGAGCAUGAGGCUGCUAUUCAGCGGAUCAAGAAGGCCGCGCAUGCGGCUGGGAAGAAGGCUGCAAUUUUCUGUACUGGCGGCGCCGAUGCCUACGCUCGCGGCCAGGACGGAUUCGAAAUGGUUUCUGUUAACACGGAUGUUGGUGUUAUUCGGUCUGCUAUGCUGAACGAGUUGAAGGUUGCUAAUGGGGAGAGCGCGCAGAGUGGACCUGGAGGGUAUUGA